AUGAGUAACUUCAGCACCAGCUUCGUGAAAGGCUACUCAGGUUCGAAGAGCUCUUCUGUUGAGGUGGAUGCCUGCAGCAAAAGCACUACAUCAUCUGAGGGUGCCGCCCAUACCCUGCUUAUCCACGGCCCCGUCGAGCUCAAGAGCGGCUGGAGGAGGCAGAAGCGGCACCUCUUCUUAUUCAGCGAUUUCUUGCUGGUGUCCAAUACCAAGUAUAAGAAAAAACUUAAGAUAAAAAAGAAAAUACCACUGAACACCAUAUGGACUGCCAACUGUAUGGACAGAGUGGAGGAUGCCAACAUCUGUGCUGGGAGGUCCUUUAUCCUGGGCUGGCCCACGGUGACCUUUGUGGCCACCUUCGGUUCUUCGGAACAAAAGGAAAAAUGGCAUUCUUUCCUUCAAAGGUAUAUCAGUCUGGCCAAAGAGAAGGACCAGCCCAAAAGCAUUCCUCUCAGAAUCUUCACUGAGGACAUCAAGAACUGUGCCUGUUCUGUAACUGUAACAGUAACAAAUUCAGACACAGUGAAUGACAUUAUCAACAUGUCACUACCAAUGCUAGGAAUAACUGGCUCUGAGAAAGACUACCAGCUGUGGGUGAGUGCUGGCAAGGAAGCGUCCCCACACCCACUCACUGGACAUAAACAUCCCUAUGGAAUUAAAAUGAGCCAUCUUCCAUCUACCACACUGCUGCCGCAGACACCAGAGGACUCCAUCUCUCCUUCCACCCUCCAGGAGUCCCUCCUUCUGGAGCAGGGGUUCGCAGAGAUGCAAGGCCAGUUCAUCCUGAAGCCCAGGCACCCAACGCAGAAUGAGCAAGGGAGAGAUUACGGGCAGAAGACACUUAAAAGCCGUUUUUUCAGAGACUGGGCCUGUUGUCUGGGCUCCAGCACUAGCCAGCACAGCCAGUGCACAACCCCACCUUCUUCAAAGCCAGGACAGCUCUUUGGAGUUUCCCUCAUGGAUGUGUGUGAUAAAGACAACCUGCCGUUGCCAAUUCUGGAUAUGCUUUCCUUUAUUAAUCAAAAAGGGCCACUCACAGAAUGCAUCUUCAGCAAAUCACCCAAUAUAAAAUCAACUAGGGUCAUAAAGGAGAAACUAAAUUCUGGGGUCAAAGUGGACCUGUACAGCGAAUCUGUUCAUGUGGUCGCAUCCGUCUUAAAGGAUUUCCUAAGAAAUAUCCCAGGAAGUAUAUUUUUGUUCAAUCUCUAUGACAAAUGGCUCGGUGUUAUUGAUCAAGGGAACGAAGAGGAGAAGAUGACUGCAGCGCGGAGGCUUUUAGCCCAGCUGCCAAGAGCAAAUGUUGUUCUCUUGCGAUACCUUUUUGGAGUGCUAUACAACAUCGAGCAACAUUCCUCAUCCAAUCAGAUGACAGCUUAUAAUUUAUCCGUUUGUAUAGCCCCAAGCGUUCUUUACCCACCUGAUUCCGACAGCUUGGAAUUGGAAGACAACUUGAUAAAAAAGAUUUCUCUUGUACAAUUUCUCAUUGAAAAUUGCCUUAAAAUAUUUGGAGAAGACAUCACUUCCCUCUUGGGAGAGAACUCAAUGAGUCGUGGUAACAGCGAGCAGGCUGCAGACUCCAGCCUGAAGACUGUGAAAACCCGUUCUUUCAGAGACAGGGUGUUUUGUCGGGGUUCCAGCACUUCCCAGCACAACCAGUGCACAGCCCCACCUUCCGCAAAGCCAGGACAGCUCUUUGGAGUUUCCCUCAUGGAUGUGUGUGAUAAAGACAACUUGUCCUUCCCAAUUCUGGGUAUGCUUUCCUUUAUUAAUCAGAAAGGGCCACUCACAGAAGGCGUCUUCAGAAACUCAGCCAAUAUAAAAUCCCGCAGAGUCCUAACGGAGAAACAAAAUUCUGGGGUCAAAGUGAACCCGUACAGGGAAUCUAUUCAUGUGUUCGCAUCCGUCUUAAAGGAUUUUCUUAGAAAUAUCCAUGGAAGUAUAUUUUUAUCUGAUCUCUAUGACAAAUGGCUCGGUGUUAUUGAUCAAGGCAACGAAGAGGAGAAGAUAACUGCAGCCCAGAGGCUUUUACCCCAGCUGCCAAGAGGAAAUGUUGUUCUCUUGCGAUACCUUUUUGGAGUGUUAUACAACAUUGAGCAACCUCCCUCAUCCACUCAGAUGACAGCUUAUAAUUUAUCAGUGUUUAUAACCCUAAGCGUUCUUUACGCACCUGAUUCUGGCACCUUAGAAUUGGAAGACAACUUGAUAAAACAGAUUUCUCUUGUACAAUUUCUCCUUGAAAAUUGCCUCAGGAUAUUUGGAGAAGACAUCACUUCCCUCUUGGGAGAGAACUCAAUGAGUCGUGGUAACAGCGAGAAGGCUGCAGACUCCGGCAAGAAAACUGUGACAAGCCGUUCUUUCAGAGACAGGGCCUUUUGGUGGGGCUCCAGCACUUGCCAGCAGAACCAGUGCACAACCCCACAUUCUGCAAAGCCAGGACAGCUCUUUGGAGUUUCCCUCAUGGUUGUGUGUUAUAAAGACAACCUGGCCUUCCCAAUUCUGGGUAUGCUUUCCUUUAUUAAUCAAAAAGAGCCACUCACAGACGGCGUCUUCAGAAACUCAGCCAAUAUAAAAUCCUGCCAUGUCCUAAAGGAGAAACUAAAUUCUGGGGUCAAAGUGAACCCGUACAGCGAAUCUGUUCAUGUGGUUGCAUCCGUCUUAAAGGAUUUUCGUAGAAAUAUCCAAGGAAGUAUAUUUUUAUCUGACCUCUAUGACAAAUGGCUCGGUGUUAUUGAUCAAGGCAACAAAGAGGAGAAUAUAACUGCAGCCCAGAGGCUUUUAGCCCAGCUGCCAAGAGCAAAUGUUGUUCUCUCGCGAUACCUUUUUGGAGUGCUAUACAACAUUGAGCAACAUUCCUCAUCCAAUCAGAUGACAGCUUAUAAUGUAACCGUUUGUACAGCCCCAAGCGUUCUUUACCCACCUGAUUCCGGCAGCUUGGAAUUGGAAGACAACUUGAUAAAAAAGAUUUGUCUUGUACAGUUUCUCAUUCAAAAUUGCCUCAGGAUAUUUGGAGAAGUCAUCACUUCCCUCUUGGGAGAGAACUCAAUGAGUCAUGAUUACGGGAAGAAGACUGUGAAAAGCCGUUAUUUCAGAGCCAGGGCCUUUUGGUGGGGCACCAGAACUUUCCAGCACAACCAGUGCACAUCCCCACCUUCCGCAAAGCCAGGACAGCUCUUUGGAGUUUCCCUCAUGGAUAUGUGUUAUAAAGACAAGCUGCCCUUUCCAAUUCUGGAUAUGCUUUCCUUUAUUAAUCAAAAAGGGCCACUCACAGAAGGCGUCUUCAGCAAAUCAGUCAAUAUAAAAUCCUGCAGAGUCCUAAAGAAAAAACUAAAUUCUGGGGUCAAACUGAACGCGUACAGCGAAUCUGUUCAUGUGGUCGCAUCCGUCUUAAAGGACUUUCUUGAAAAUAUCCCGGGAAGUAUAUUUUUAUCUGAUCUCUAUGACGAAUGGCUCGGUGUUAUUGAUGAAGGCAACAAAGAGGCGAUGAUAACUGCAGCCCAGAGGCUUUUAGCCCAGCUGCCAAGAGCAAAUGUUGUUCUCUUGCGAUACCUUUUUGGAGUGCUAUACAACAUCGAGCAACAUUCCUCAUCCAAUCAGAUGACAGCUUAUAAUUUAUCUGUUUGUAUAGCCCCAAGCGUUCUUUACCCACCUGAUUCCGACAGCUUGGAAUUGGAAGACAACUUGAUAAAAAAGAUUUGUCUUGUACAAUUUCUCAUUGAAAAUUGCCUCAGGAUAUUUGGAGAAGACAUCACUUCCCUCUUGGGUGAGAACUCAAUGAGUCAUGGUAACAGCGAGAAGGCCGCAGAUUACGGGAAGAAGACUGUGAAAAGCCGUUAUUUCAGAGCCAGGGCCUUUUGGUGGGGCACCAGAACUUUCCAGCACAAUCAGUGCACAUCCCCACCUUCCGCAAAGCCAGGACAGCUCUUUGGAGUUUCCCUCAUGGAUAUGUGUUAUAAAGACAAGCUGCCCUUUCCAAUUCUGGAUAUGCUUUCCUUUAUUAAUCAAAAAGGGCCACUCACAGAAGGCGUCUUCCGCAAAUCAGUCAAUAUAAAAUCCUGCAGAGUCCUAAAGAAAAAACUAAAUUCUGGGGUCAAACUGAACCCGUAUAGCGAAUCUGUUCAUGUGGUCGCAUCCGUCUUAAAGGACUUUCUUGAAAAUAUCCCGGGAAGUAUAUUUUUAUCUGAUCUCUAUGACGAAUGGCUCGGUGUUAUUGAUGAAGGCAACAAAGAGGCGAUGAUAACUGCAGCCCAGAGGCUUUUAGCCCAGCUGCCAAGAGCAAAUGUUGUUCUCUUGCGAUACCUUUUUGGAGUGCUAUACAACAUUGAGCAACAUUCCUCAUCCAAUCAGAUGAAAGCUUAUAAUUUAUCCGUUUGUAUAGCCCCAAGUGUUCUUUACCCACCUGAUUCCGACAGCUUGGAAUUGGAAGACAACUUGAUAAAAAAGAUUUGUCUUGUACAAUUUCUCAUUGAAAAUUGCCUCAGGAUAUUUGGAGAAGACAUCACUUCCCUCUUGGGUGAGAACUCAAUGAGUCAUGGCAACAGCGAGAAGGCCGCAGAUUACGGGAAGAAGACUGUGAAAAGCCGUUAUUUCAGAGCCAGGGCCUUUUGGUGGGGCACCAGAACUUUCCAGCACAACCAGUGCACAUCCCCACCUUCCGCAAAGCCAGGACAGCUCUUUGGAGUUUCCCUCAUGGAUAUGUGUUAUAAAGACAAGCUGCCCUUUCCAAUUCUGGAUAUGCUUUCCUUUAUUAAUCAAAAAGGGCCACUCACAGAAGGCGUCUUCAGCAAAUCAGUCAAUAUAAAAUCCUGCAGAGUCCUAAAGAAAAAACUAAAUUCUGGGGUCAAACUGAACGCGUACAGCGAAUCUGUUCAUGUGGUCGCAUCCGUCUUAAAGGACUUUCUUGAAAAUAUCCCGGGAAGUAUAUUUUUAUCUGAUCUCUAUGACGAAUGGCUCGGUGUUAUUGAUGAAGGCAACAAAGAGGCGAUGAUAACUGCAGCCCAGAGGCUUUUAGCCCAGCUGCCAAGAGCAAAUGUUGUUCUCUUGCGAUACCUUUUUGGAGUGCUAUACAACAUCGAGCAACAUUCCUCAUCCAAUCAGAUGACAGCUUAUAAUUUAUCUGUUUGUAUAGCCCCAAGCGUUCUUUACCCACCUGAUUCCGACAGCUUGGAAUUGGAAGACAACUUGAUAAAAAAGAUUUGUCUUGUACAAUUUCUCAUUGAAAAUUGCCUCAGGAUAUUUGGAGAAGACAUCACUUCCCUCUUGGGUGAGAACUCAAUGAGUCAUGGUAACAGCGAGAAGGCCGCAGAUUACGGGAAGAAGACUGUGAAAAGCCGUUAUUUCAGAGCCAGGGCCUUUUGGUGGGGCACCAGAACUUUCCAGCACAAUCAGUGCACAUCCCCACCUUCCACAAAGCCAGGACAGCUCUUUGGAGUUUCCCUCAUGGAUAUGUGUUAUAAAGACAAGCUGCCCUUUCCAAUUCUGGAUAUGCUUUCCUUUAUUAAUCAAAAAGGGCCACUCACAGAAGGCGUCUUCAGCAAAUCAGUCAAUAUAAAAUCCUGCAGAGUCCUAAAGAAAAAACUAAAUUCUGGGGUCAAACUGAACCCGUAUAGCGAAUCUGUUCAUGUGGUCGCAUCCGUCUUAAAGGACUUUCUUGAAAAUAUCCCGGGAAGUAUAUUUUUAUCUGAUCUCUAUGACGAAUGGCUCGGUGUUAUUGAUGAAGGCAACAAAGAGGCGAUGAUAACUGCAGCCCAGAGGCUUUUAGCCCAGCUGCCAAGAGCAAAUGUUGUUCUCUUGCGAUACCUUUUUGGAGUGCUAUACAACAUUGAGCAACAUUCCUCAUCCAAUCAGAUGAAAGCUUAUAAUUUAUCCGUUUGUAUAGCCCCAAGUGUUCUUUACCCACCUGAUUCCGACAGCUUGGAAUUGGAAGACAACUUGAUAAAAAAGAUUUGUCUUGUACAAUUUCUCAUUGAAAAUUGCCUCAGGAUAUUUGGAGAAGACAUCACUUCCCUCUUGGGUGAGAACUCAAUGAGUCAUGGCAACAGCGAGAAGGCCGCAGAUUACGGGCAGAAGACUGUGACACGCCAUUAUUUCAGAGCCAGGGCCUUUUGGUGGGGCUCCAGAACUUACCAGCACAACCAGUGCACAGCCCCACCUUCCGCAAAGCCAGCACAGCUCUUUGGAGUUUCCCUCAUGGAUAUGUGUGAUAAAGACAAGCUGCCCUUUCCAAUUCUGGAUAUGCUUUCCUUUAUUAAUCAAAAAGGGCCACUCACAGAAGGCGUCUUCAGCAAAUCAGUCAAUAUAAAAUCCUGCAGAGUCCUAAAGAAAAAACUAAAUUCUGGGGUCAAACUGAACCCGUACAGCGAAUCUGUUCAUGUGGUCGCAUCCGUCUUAAAGGACUUUCUUGAAAAUAUCCCGGGAAGUAUAUUUUUAUCUGAUCUCUAUGAUGAAUGGCUCGGUGUUAUUGAUGAAGGCAACAAAGAGGCGAUGAUAACUGCAGCCCAGAGGCUUUUAGCCCAGCUGCCAAGAGCAAAUGUUGUUCUCUUGCGAUACCUUUUUGGAGUGCUAUACAACAUUGAGCAACAUUCCUCAUCCAAUCAGAUGAAAGCUUAUAAUUUAUCCGUUUGUAUAGCCCCAAGCGUUCUUUACCCACCUUAUUCCGGCAGCUUGGAAUUGGAAGACAACUUGAUAAAAAAGAUUUGUCUUGUACAAUUUCUCAUUGAAAAUUGCCUCAGGAUAUUUGGAGAAGACAUCACUUCCCUCUUGGGCGAGAACUCAAUGAGUCUUGGUAACAGCGAGAAGGCUGCAGAUUACAGGCAGAAGACUGUGAUACGCCGUUCUUUCAGAGCCAGGGCCUUUUGUCGGGGUUGCCGCACUUGCCAGCAGAACCAGUGCACAGCCCCACCUUCCGCAAAGCCAGGACAGCUCUUUGGAGUUUCCCUCAUGGAUAUGUGUUAUAAAGACAAGCUGCCCUUCCCAAUUCUCGAUAUGCUUUCCUUUAUUAAUCAAAAAGGGCCUCUCACAGAAGGCAUAUUCAGCAAAUCAGGCAAUAUAAAAUCCUGCAUGGUCCUAAAGGAGAAACUAAAUUCAGGGGUCAAGGUGAACCCAUACAGCGAAUCUGUUCAUGUGGUCACAUGCGUCUUAAAGGACUUUCUUGAAAAUAUCCCGGGAAGUAUAUUUUUAUCUGAUCUCUAUGACAAAUGGCUUGGUGUUACUGAUCAAGGCAACAAAGAGGCGAUGAUAACUGCAGCCCGGAGGCUUUUAGCCCAGCUGCCAAGAGCAAAUGUUGUUCUCUUGCGAUACCUUUUUGGAGUGCUAUACAACAUUGAGCAACAUUCCUCAUCCAAUCAGAUGACAGCUUAUAAUUUAUCCGUUUGUAUAGCCCCAAGCAUUCUUUACCCACCUGAUUCCAACAGCUUGGAAUUGGAAGACAGCUUGAUAAAAAAGAUUUGUCUUGUACACUUUCUCAUUGAAAAUUGCCUCAGGAUAUUUGGAAAAGACAUCACUUCCCUCUUGGGCGAGAACUCAAUGAGUCGUGGUAAAAGCGAGAAGGCUGCAGACUCCGAUUGCAAGACUGUGACAAGCCGUUCUUUCAGAGACAGGGCCUUUUGGUGGGGCUUCAGCACUUGCCAGCACAACCGGUGCACAGCCCCACCUUCCGCAAAGCCAGGACAGCUCUUUGGAGUUUCCCUCAUGGAUGUGUGUGAUAAAGACCACCUGCCCUUCCCAAUUCUGGUUAUGCUUUCCUUUAUUAAUCAAAAAGGGCCCCUCACAGAAGGCAUAUUCAGAAACUCAGCCAAUAUAAAAUCCUGCCAUGUCCUAAAGGAGAAACUAAAUUCUGGGGUCAAAGUGAACCCGUACAGCGAAUCUGUUCAUGUGGUCGCAUCCGUCUUAAAGGAUUUUCUUAGAAAUAUCAAAGGAAGCAUAUUUUUAUCUGAUCUCUAUGACAAAUGGCUCGGUGUUAUUGAUCAAGGCAACAAAGAGGAGAAGAUAACUGCAGCCCAGAGGCUUUUAGCCCAGCUGCCAAGAGCAAAUGUUGUUCUCUUGCGAUACCUUUUUGGAGUGCUAUACAACAUUGAGCAACAUUCCUCAUCCAAUCAGAUGACAGCUUAUAAUUUAUCCGUUUGUAUAGCCCCAAGCGUUCUUUACCCACCUGAUUCCAACAGCUUGCAAUUGGAAGACAACUUGAUAAAAAAGAUUUGUCUUGUACAAUUUCUUAUUGAAAAUUGCCUCAGAAUAUUUGGAGAAGACAUCACUUCCCUCUUGGGAGAGAACUCAAUGAGUCGUGGUAACAGCGAGAAGGCUGCAGAUUACGGCCAGAAGACUGUGACACACCGUUCUUUCAGAGCCAGGGCCUUUUGUCGGGGUUGCAGCACUUGCCAGCACUACCAGUGCAUAGCCCCACCUUCCGCAAAGCCAGGGCAGCUCUUUGGAGUUUCCCUCAUGGAUAUGUGUUAUAAAGACAAGCUACCCUUCCCAAUUCUGGAUAUGCUUUCCUUUAUUAAUCAAAAAGGGCCACUCACAGAAGGCGUCUUCAGCAAAUCAGCCAAUAUAAAAUCCUGCUAUGUCCUAAAGGAGAAACUAAAUUCUGGAGUCAAACUGAACCCGAACAGCGAAUCUGUUCAUGUGGUCGCAUCCGUCUUUAAGGAUUUUCUUAGAAAUAUCAAAGGAAGCAUAUUUUUAUCUGAUCUCUAUGACAAAUGGCUCGGUGUUAUUGAUCAAGGCAACAAAGAGGAGAAGAUAACUGCAGCCCAGAGGCUUUUAGCCCAGCUGCCAAGAGCAAAUGUUGUUCUCUUGCGAUACCUUUUUGGAGUGCUAUACAACAUCGAGCAACAUUCCUCAUCCAAUCAGAUGACAGCUUAUAAUUUAUCCAUUUGUAUAGCCCCAAGCGUUCUUUACCCACCUGAUUCCGACAGCAUGGAAUUGGAAGACAACUUGAUAAAAAAGAUUUGUCUUGUACAAUUUCUCAUUGAAAAUUGCCUCAGGAUAUUUGGAGAAGACAUCACUUCCCUCUUGGGCGAGAACUCAAUGAGUCGUGGUAACAGCGAGAAGGCUGCAGACUCCAGCCGGAAGACUGUGACAAGCCAUUCUUUCAGUGACAGGGCCUUUUGGUGGGGCUCCAGAACUUGCCAGCACAACCAGUGCACAGCCCCACCUUCCGCAAAGCCAGGACAGCUCUUUGGAGUUUCCCUCAUGGAUGUGUGUGAUAAAGACAACUUGCCCUUUCCAAUUCUGGAUAUGCUUUCCUUUAUUAAUCAAAAAGGGCCACUCACAGAAGGCGUCUUCAGCAAAUCAGCCAAUAUAAAAUCAUGCAGAGUCCUAAAGGAAAAACUAAAUUCUGGGGUCAAAGUGAACCCGUACAGCGAAUCUGUUCAUGUGGUCGCAUCCGUCUUCAAGAACUUUCUUAGAAAUAUCCAAGGAAGUAUAUUUUUGUCUGAUCUCUAUGACAAAUGGCUCGGUGUUAUUGAUCAAGGCAACAAAGAGGAGAAGAUAACUGCAGCCCAGAGGCUUUUAGCCCAGCUGCCAAGAGCAAAUGUUGUUCUCUUGCGAUACCUUUUUGGAGUGCUAUACAACAUCGAGCAACAUUCCUCAUCCAAUCAGAUGACAGCUUAUAAUUUAUCCGUUUGUAUAGCCCCAAGCGUUCUUUACCCACCUGAUUCCGACAGCAUGGAAUUGGAAGACAACUUGAUAAAAAAGAUUUGUCUUGUACAAUUUCUCAUUGAAAAUUGCCUCAGGAUAUUUGGAGAAGACAUCACUUCCCUCUUCGGGGAGAACUCAAUGAGUCGUGGUAACAGCGAGAAGGCUGCAGUAGUGUCAGGAAAUCCACCUCUUGAAUCCAAGCCAGUGAGAGUGAGAGUGAUUUACAAAAAGGCACAACUGCAGAAUGAUACGAAGACCCCAUCUGGCAUGGUUCCACCCAGCUACCUGUCUACAGUUUUCUAAGUCACUGAAGGCUACCAUCCCCAUAAUGACACUUGACUCUUCCGUUUUCUUUAGUUCCUAUAAAAUAGAAAAUAAAAUGAACUGUUUUUCCAAUGAAUGAAAAAUGAGCCCCUUCCAAGGAACUUGCUCAUCCCAUUUGAAUUUUUCUUGCCUCAUCUCAUAUUAUCCAUAUUGAGGAAAUCUUCCCACAAAGUAUCUCCUCUGUCUUUGAUACCUACCAUCUCAUAUUAUGUACUUUGUUGCAUUUAAGUGUAUUGCAUAUUUUUAUACUGAUGCAAUAAAAAUAAUUCCAUCACUCAGUGGGUUAGACAACCAUUUUACUUGUUUAUGAUUCAUAUCAACACUUCAGUGGAGGCUCAUCUGAGCAGUUCUGGUCUCAGCUGAGGUCACUUGAGCACCUGCAGUCAGCUGGCAGCUCAUCUGGAGCUAACCUAGGAGUCUGUUUAUUGGUGUUGGCUCUCAGCUGGUCCCCAUGUCUUCAACGAGCUAGCCUGUCCUUCUGUAUGUGGUGGAGGAAGAGUUGCCAGAAGCAAGAAAGGCUUUUCAAGAGUUAAUGUGGGAGAGGACUGUGCAAAGCACCAUGCCAAAGACAGUGAUUUACAAGACAAGGAGGCAUUCAUUAUUUAUUAAGACCACACAUGAUAAUCAAAACUCAAGGCAGCACCACUACUACACAUAUCCUUUUUUUUUUUUUUUUAAAGAUUUUUUAUUUAUUUAUCUGAGAGAGAGAAUGGGAGACAGAGAGCAUGAGAGGGGGAGGAUCAGAGGGAGAAGCAGACUCCCCGCUGAGCAGGGAGUCCGAUGCCGGACUUGAUCCCGGGACUCCAGGAUCAUGGCCUGAGCCGAAGGCAGUUGCUUAACCAACUGAGCCACCCAGGCGCCCCUACACAUAUCCUUUUAUUCAUCGGCUUUUAAUCCUCAGUGGAUUAUAAUCAGCAUUUCCUAAAAGGCAUUCAAAGUGUGGUAGGAAGUAUCUUUGAAAUAAUAACUGAUUUUUUACCUCAGGUAUUCUUUGCCUCUAUCCUUGUUCCGGUCUUAAGCUGUCUUACGGACAACUAAAUCACUUCCUCAGGGAAUAGAAGCUAUAGGAGAACAUGAGGAAAAGGGAGCCCUUUGUUGCUUAUGAGUUUUAAAAAUUUAGCUUUCUAGGAAACAAAACUCACUCGUGGCAUAGAGUAGAUUUAGGUGGAAAUCUCAUGGGAAAAGCCCAAAAUCAUUAGGUACAUGGGACAUCUGCCCCUUUUCCUGGAUAGAAGCCAAAAGAAAGCAGGAAGGCCUCACAGAAUAGCGAACUGACUUGUCUAAGAAAGACGGGGCCCCUGUGGGUCCACAUAGAGUUUCUUAUACCUCAGCAUGGAACAGAUCAGUAAGAAAAGUAUUCCCAUCAAUUCCAGAAUAGUAUGGAAGAAAUACAGAGAGCCACCAGGUUUGAAAGACAUGUCUCAACAACAGUAGUACUGACCAAUUCCCCAGGACCAGAGAACAGUGAGGACAUCUCAGCAGAUGCUAGUAUACAUCAAUGACCCAAAGCAGCAGAUAAGUGCCACCUCGCCAUUUCAUAGCCUUCUAACUCCCUGGCACUAGAAGACUCCGGAACAUAGACACACUCCUGGGGGAAAUUAAGAGAUCCUGAAUUUCUACCAAUCUGGGAACAGAGAAUCAAACUAGACACCAAGCGAGCUAUUUAAAAACACAGAAUUGGACAUUUAUUACAUAUGUCAAUGUAUAGAUUGAGGUUGGUAUCAAUAUAUAUAGAAUAUAUGAUCCAAGCAGUUUUCCUAGAAAGGGUUCCCUGGUCAAAUAGGUUAGGGAAAUUCUAUAUUUUCCUUUUGAAGUCAAAUGCUCCAGUUUUUUCCACAUUUAUUUGACAUUACUUGGCCCUUUUGGAGUAACCCCAUUAAUUAAUGAUCCUGGGAACAUACAUUAAUAAACAUUGCUCUGAAUUUAUUUCUUCUUAACUCACAGAUUUUACCAUUUCACUCACCUGCUAAGAAGCCAUCAAUAGAUCUUUGAAUUUUUUUUUUUUCAGAAAAAAAUGUCCUUUUUUAGAUCCUCCACAAUGCAACCUGCUCUACUAAUCGAUUUUGUCUUCACUCUUUCCCAUUGUAGAUCCUUUGCUUUAGCUAGGUCAGAAAUGUUACUGGUCCCUGAAUAAGUCACACUCACUUUUCUAACUAUAAUUCUCACCUCUCCUUGGUCUCUACGUUUCCACCCACUAACUAGGUAGCCAUCUGGGUUCUCCACUCCCAGAAUUUCACAAAGCCUUCCUGAUCUCAAAUUAAUUGUUCUUUACAUGAGCACUUGCCCCUACUAGCCAUUGGCUCCUAUGCUGCUUUGCACCGUCGGGAAUUAUGCCAGUGUGUUCAUACAUUAUUCAGCAAAUCCAAAUUCCUGUGGUAAACAACUGUAUCUUGUGUUAGUUUUAUAUUACUUUUAAUGCCUGGCUAAAUUUCUACUCAAAAAAAUAUGAAUGAAUAUGUUCAAUUUUCGAAGGGUGUAGAGAUUUUAUACAUAUUGGUAGCAACUGCAAGUUUUUAAAACUGAAGAGGUAGAAUACAGCACAUAUGGAAUUUCAAUGGGUGGCAAUAAGACAUCAUCAGUUUGACCAAUUUUUUUAGAUAUGACUUCACAGCCUUAUUCACAAGUUCUGGGAUAUACUAUUUUUAUUCAUUAUGUAAAAAAUCUGAUAUCGGUGUGAUGCAUUUGGGAAUAAUUGCAUUUUUGUAUUAAAUUUCUUCUAAAUAUCAACAAUCCAGAAUAAAAGGGGCAAAAAAAACAUGGCUGGGCAAUGCAUCUGUGAGUUUUUAAGCCAAGGAAGAUAUUAAAAAAAAAAAAAUUGAAAAGAAGAGGAGCUAGAAAUACCAGAAGGUAAAGAAAAGCUGAAAUUGAACUUAUUUGUCAAUGGCAACUCAAGAGUUUCCUGACCUAGGAAAAUGGUUAAUAAAUGUUAGUAUUUCCUUCAGGAGACUCAAGCAUAAUGUCUCCUUGAGAAUAACAAUUUAUUUCUUAAAUUUGAGGAAAAGAUCCUAGGAACUCUGAUAAACUGUAAAAGAACUUAAUUGCCUAAUCUAGAAUGAAUAAAAGACAAUUAGACAUUCUGAUAUUGGCCUUUACCGUACCUGGGAGUAAGAUGUGUGUAGUCAUCAGUCAAUCUGCACUUAGUGAUGUAGUUAAGGUUAAACAUCUCCAGAAGUAAAAUAAAGGUACUUAGAAUGACUCUCCUAUUUUAUUCCAGAAAGAAAGCGACUCACAGGCUACCAAUAUCAGCAAAUUAAUAUCAUGGAUGGUUGGGAUUAAUUACCAUGAUAAAUUAAGUGGGAUAUAUAUAUAAUCACUCAAUGUUUAUUCCACAAAAGCAACAUGUAAGAAUUUGGUGAAUGGAAUAUAUAUUAGUACAAGAAGCCACUUCUUUUCAGAGAGCACUGAACGAUACCUUUUAUAUUUUUCUGUAAUUCUUUCUAUGCUAGCCGAAUGGGCCAGUAAUACUCUGAAGAUUUAUAGUGGAUGGUGACUCUAUUUUCCAGUUUUGUUUUGUUUUACUUACCCACAACAUAACUGGUGCUAAGAAAAAAUUGGCUUCCUUAUGGUCCUGGGCCUAAAUGUCAGUAUUAAUUUAGUUGGCUUAAUCUUUAAAAAAUGGUAUCAUUCCUUUGUCAAAUAAACAACUAGAAAACCAAACUGUCAAAGGAAAGUUAUAAUUUCCUAAAAUGGAAAAAGAGAAACUGCUUUGUAAGAAUGGGAGUUUUUCCAAAAUGUAAAAAUAUAAAACUAGUUGGGAAAGAAAAAACAAAACAACACCGUCUUCAGGAUAGUGAUUACCUCUGUGGAAGGAAAGAAUGGGAUUGAGUAAAGGGGGAAAAAAGAAACCUCAAGCACACAUAUAUUAAUUUAAUUUCUUGAAAGAUUUAAAAAUGCUAACAUUUCACCAUGUGCUUCACACUUCUUAAGAAAAUGUUAGAGGUGACUUUAUUACAUAAAUAUCCACAACAUACCCAUGUAUACACACACACACACAAUUUGUAUAUAUAAACAUACAAAACAUUGUUAAAUGAAUAAGUAAACUACAGAAAUUCUUAUCAUUCAGCAAUUUUAUCUUUUUACCAUAGGUUUUGUGAUUCCUCUGUAUGGAUGACCUGGUUCACUCCGUCUAGUAUUCCAUUAUAUGAUAAUGCAUUUAUGUGUGUACACAUCUACCUUGAUCAAACUUUCUAGAGGCUUGCCUAGUUUAUUAGCUUUCAAAGAAAUAGAUUUUAAAAAUCAUCUCCAUUAAUGUUUUUUCCUAGGUUAUUAAUUUGUGUUUUGCUUUUACCAUUCUAUUGCUUCAACUUUCUUACUGUUUUCACUUCUUCAUCUAGCUUCUUGGAUUAAAUG